AUGGAGGAGCUUGGUCUCUUCCGUGGCGAUACGAUUCUGAUUCGCGGCAAGAAGCGCCGUGAUACUGUUCUGAUUGUUCUGAGUGAUGAGGACACCGAGGAUUCCAAGAUCCGUCUGAACCGUGUUGCGCGCAACAACCUGCGUGUGAAGCUCGGCGAUCUCGUGAAUGUGCAUGCAUGCCACGAUAUCAAGUACGGCAAGCGUAUCCAUGUCCUGCCAUUCGACGACAGCGUCGAGGGUUUGCAGGGUAACCUCUUUGACGUGUACCUGAAGCCGUACUUCCUUGAAGCCUACCGCCCUGUGCGUAAGGGCGACACGUUCGUGGUGCGUGGCGGUAUGCGCGCCGUGGAGUUCAAGGUCAUUGAAACGGACCCUGCUGAGUUCUGUAUCGUGGCCCAGGACACCGUUAUCCACACCGAGGGUGAUCCUGUGCGUCGUGAGGACGAAGAAGCUAACCUCGCUGAUGUGGGCUACGACGACAUCGGUGGCUGCCGUAAGCAGAUGGCACAGAUCCGUGAGAUGGUCGAGUUGCCAUUACGUCACCCGCAGCUCUUCAAGAGCAUCGGUAUUAAGCCGCCGCGCGGUGUGCUCAUGUUCGGCCCCCCUGGUACGGGUAAAACGCUGAUGGCCCGUGCGGUGGCAAAUGAGACAGGUGCCUUUUUCUUCUUGAUCAAUGGUCCUGAAAUCAUGAGCAAGAUGGCCGGUGAGAGUGAGUCGAACUUGCGCAAGGCGUUCGAAGAGGCGGAGAAGAAUUCGCCUGCGAUUAUUUUCAUCGACGAGAUUGACUCGAUUGCACCGAAGCGUGAGAAGACCAACGGUGAAGUGGAGCGCCGUGUUGUUUCGCAGCUGCUUACACUGAUGGACGGCUUGAAGGCUCGCUCGAACAUUGUUGUUAUGGCAGCGACCAACCGUCCGAACUCGAUCGACCCAGCACUUCGUCGUUUCGGCCGUUUCGAUCGCGAGGUGGAUAUUGGUAUUCCUGACCCCACUGGCCGCUUGGAGAUUCUUCGUAUCCAUACCAAGAACAUGAAACUGGCCGACGAUGUGGAUCUCGAGCAGAUUGCUUCAGAGACUCAUGGUUAUGUCGGCUCAGACAUUGCUUCCUUGUGCUCAGAGGCUGCGAUGCAGCAGAUUCGUGAGAAGAUGGAUCUCAUUGAUCUGGAUGAAGACUCCAUUGAUGCUGAAGUGCUUGACUCUCUAGGCGUGACGAUGGAGAACUUCCGUUUCGCCCUGGGCGUGUCCAACCCAUCGGCCUUGCGCGAGACAGUGGUCGAAGUGCCUACGACGACCUGGAACGACAUUGGUGGUCUCGACAAAGUCAAGCAGGAGCUCCAGGAGACGGUGUCGUACCCUGUCGAGCACCCCGAAAAGUUCCUCAAGUAUGGUAUGUCGCCGUCCAAGGGUGUCCUGUUUUAUGGUCCUCCUGGUACUGGUAAGACACUUUUGGCGAAGGCCAUUGCCAACGAGUGCCAGGCAAACUUUAUCUCCAUCAAGGGCCCUGAGCUACUUACCAUGUGGUUUGGUGAGUCGGAGGCGAAUGUCCGUGAUGUCUUCGACAAGGCACGUGCGGCGGCGCCGUGUGUGAUGUUCUUCGAUGAGCUGGACUCGAUUGCCAAAUCUCGUGGUGGCUCGGGCGGUGACGCUGGUGGUGCUAGCGACCGUGUGAUCAACCAGAUUCUUACGGAAAUGGAUGGUAUGAAUGCCAAGAAGAACGUGUUCGUGAUCGGUGCCACGAACCGUCCGGACCAAAUUGACCCUGCUAUUCUGCGUCCUGGUCGUCUCGACCAGCUCAUCUAUAUCCCUCUGCCGAACGAGGCUUCUCGUUUGGACAUUCUCCGCGCGACUCUGAAGAACUCUCCUAUCUCGCCCAAGGUCGAUCUGCCCUUCCUUGCAAAGCACACGCAUGGUUUCUCGGGUGCUGACCUGGCAGAAGUUUGCCAGCGCGCUGCCAAGCUUGCUAUCCGUGAGUCGAUUGAGGCUGAUCGCCGUCAAGAGGCCGAGCGCAAGGAGCGUGGUGAUGAUGUGAAAAUGGAGGAAGAUGCCGCUGCUUCCCUGGAAGAAGAAAACGAUCCUGUUCCUGAGAUUACACAAGCUCACUUUGAAGAGGCUAUGCGCUACGCUCGCCGUUCUGUGUCGGAUGCUGACAUUCGUCGCUACGAAAUGUUUGCAUCGACACUGCAGCAGAGCCGUGGCGCUGGUGGUAACAACUUCCGAUUCCCGGAGAGUGGUUCAGGUAGCGGCCAGGCACCGGCCGCAGAUGCCCCUGCAGCGCCAGCCGCAGCAGCUCCCGCUGCUUUUGGCACGGACGAUGCGGAUGAUGACCUGUAUGCUUAA